AUGGAAGAGCCUGCAUCAACCAGCUUCCCAAGGCAGCCUGUUCUGGGGAGGCUCAAAAGACCUAUGAUGUCCCAGACUUUAGAGAAGAAAAGACGAAUCCAUGUAGCCAAGACCAAACGGAGACAUCGUGAAAGGCGUACAUUUCCUAUAAGACUCACCAGCUGUAUUUUCAAGAAGCAAGUCACCAGGAUAAUUUCCCAUCCCGGCAAUGAAGUCAGGUGUGAUACAAAUGAGGAGACCCUGAAGAAGCCCCAGCAAAUCUCUGCAUAUAGGAGAUUGCAGGGACUCCAGGCCUGCAGUAGUGAAGGAGAACUUCUGAGUACUUUGGAUUUCACAAAUACCUUUAAAAAUGUUCAUGAGUUCCUGGGCAGUGGUAGUCCUGAAUCUCUAUACACCAGCCCUGAGAGCAGCACAGCACAGUCAUCAAAUUGGGUAGAGUUACUCCCAGGAGUGGGUCUCUAUCUCCCACAACCCCACUACAGUCAACCAGUAACAGCUGGAGAUAUUCGCAAACAGUCUCUGGAAGUGAAAAAAGCAAGGGAGAGACUAGCUGUGGCCUUGAGGGCAGACAGUCUUGCCAUGGAGACAGAGAGAGCCAGGAGUCAAGGAUCUUCUGAGAACUAG